AUGUCAUUUUUCAGAGAUAUAUUUGAGACUAUAAUUCCAGCUGCAUAUGCUGAUGAACCUGCUGAUGAUACACAAAAUGAGGUUGCUGAUGAAGAAGCUCCAGAAGCUGAAGAAGAGGCAUCACCAGAAGAACAUGUAGAAGAAGAAACCGUAGAUCCAGCAGAUGGAGAUGAUGAAGAGGAAGAAGAAGACGACGAAGAUGAUGAAGAUGAAGAUGAAGCAGAAUUAGAAGACCCAAUGGAUAAAUUGCGUGAAGAAUGUGUAAAGUCUAGUGCAUGUAAACCAUUUGAUCAUCAUUUCCAUGAAUGUGUUGAAAGAGUAACAAAAGAAAUGGAAGAACCUGGAUAUGAACAUAAACAUUAUAAAGAAGAUUGUGUUGAAGAAUUUUUCCAUUUACAACAUUGUGUGAAUGAUUGUGUAGCUCCAAGAUUAUUUAAUAAAUUAAAAUAG